AUGGCGACCAGCGCGGUGCCAAGCGACAACCUACCAACGUACAAGCUGGUGGUGGUGGGAGACGGCGGCGUCGGCAAGAGCGCGCUCACCAUCCAGUUUUUCCAGAAGAUCUUUGUGCCGGACUACGAUCCCACCAUAGAGGACUCCUACCUUAAGCACACCGAGAUUGACGGACAGUGGGCCAUUCUAGACGUGCUGGACACAGCCGGGCAAGAGGAGUUCAGUGCCAUGAGGGAGCAGUACAUGAGGACAGGAGACGGCUUCCUCAUCGUCUUCUCGGUGACAGACAAGGCCAGCUUUGAACACGUUGACCGCUUUCAUCAGCUGAUACUACGGGUCAAAGACAGGGAGGCUUUUCCUAUGGUGCUGGUGGCAAACAAGGUGGACUUGGUCCAUUUGAGAAAGAUCACCACUGACCAGGGCCAAGAGAUGGCUGCCAAACAUAACAUAACAUACAUUGAAACCAGUGCCAAAGAUCCUCCGAUGAAUGUGGAGAAGGCCUUCCACGAGCUGGUCCGUGUUAUAAGACAACAAGUUCCCGAGAGAAACCAGAAGAAGAAAAAGAAGAUGAAAUGGAGAGCAGAACGAUCGACGGGUUCUCACAGGUUCCGCUGUGUCAUAUUGUGACCUCGUCCUCCAUAAUCAUUCCCAUGUAACACACACACAUACACACACACACAAAUACCUUUGGUUGCAGGGAACUCACUAGUCCAUAACUACCGGCGCACAAAAAAAGUGGAGACAAUUGGGAGGGGGUGUUUUGCCUCCAUUUCCCCAUGAAGGAUUUCAGUGUCCAUUCAUUAAUACUGAACCGGAAGUACUGACGUGUUUAUUUUGAUGUCAUCUUUACCGGACCAGACUGGACCGAGGUAAAUUAUGGUGGGCCGUGUGAAGGAUGUGUUUGUGUUUUCUGGACUAAUUCUACUGGCGAUUGAGCGCCUGAGGGGUUGGAAGGUGAUGGUUUUGGGACGUCGUUGAGGAGUGACGGAAGGAUGUGGAGAAAAUCCGUGUCGUGCUUGUAUGGUGUCCGAUAAUAUUGACAAUUUUGUCACUGCGAAUGGAAGUUUGCUCAAGUUGGUGUGGUGAUGCCAAACGGGACUCACGGUAACAGAAGCAAAUAUUUUCUCAAAAGGGAAUAAGACAGGAUAUCAGUGCAAAAACUUUUACAAUGUAUCCAGGACAUGGAGAAAAGGAACAUGUGUUCAUUUAUGAGGGAGGUGUAAAGUGACCCUAACCCUCUCACACAAGAUGAUUUUUGUGCCAAAAGCUUUGACAAUGACAACGGUUUAAAAUCCUCAAUCACCCUUACUUUUUUUAAUUCAAUAAAAAAAAAAAAAAAUCUUUCUCAUGACCAUUAUAAAAGAGUGAGUUUAUCCUCAUAAAAUCCAGUCAAUUUUGAUCAUUUAAAUUGUCUUUUUUUUUUUUUUUUACUCCUCCUAUUUUGUCUUAACUGGUCUUUAUCUGCAUAAUAACACCUUUAGCUUUUUUUUUUUAUUUAAUCAAAAAUCACCCCCCACCAUAAUAUUUGAAUGUUAUUUUGUAACAUUACCACUUUAUUCUCUACAAGAGUCUGACUUUAUUUAUCAUGUACCAUAUGUAGUAUUUUUUUUCACCCCCUCACUGUGGUCCCUUGGUCGAUACUUUAAAAAAAUCACUAUUCUGGUGUUUUCUCACAAUAAAUGUGAAAGCAAGUUAUGAUUUCAACGGUGGUCGCGGGUGCUCAAAAUGCUAAAUAAUGUGAUCAAACUUUUUUUGUAAUGUGGGAGCUUUUGCAAACCAAUGAAUUCAGGUUCAAUCACGCUCAGCGAAGGGACAGCGCACGUUGAAAGAGGGGAGUGGGACGAGCACGAUGGGAGUUUUGAAAUCCUAUACCUCCAUGAGGCAAUAUGACGUCAAAAUACGACAAUAGUUUUCGUUUAGCGGCGACAUUCAAGACAAGUUUGAAUGGGAAUGUACAAUUUAAUAACCUAUGAAAUGGCUUGUACUGUUAAUGCAUCAGAAAAAAACAAACGUACAACAAAAACAUUUAGGCAACCUGUUGUCUCUCUGUCAAAGGAAUACAUUUUUGCACUUUGAAUGCCAUGUCGGACUUUCCUAUGAACGUAGGAGAAAAGAAAUGAACUCCAAAUGGUUUGGAAUGUGAAUUCCAGAAGAAGAAGAAAAAAAACAAUUGGUGUUGUAGCCGCAUGUGUCUGGGUAUGCCUGUUGUAUUCAUAAAGACUGGGAAUAAGACCAAAUGUAAACUUGAGGUAUUCAAAGGGAAACAAAAAUAAAGUGAAUGGCACACAGUCACCUCGCAAAGGUCUUGAUCAACAUUGGACAUUAAAGGGACCUCACAAAGACUGAAAAAGGAUGCAAGUCACUCUUAAAAGAAUUGAUUGCGUCUCAUUGAACGUUUGAUACCAUUUUGUAUUAUUGAUAUGAAAAUGUGUGGGGUUUUUUUGUUUUUUUUUUAAACAAUAAUUUAUUGAUGUACGUUACCUCAGCGUGUCCCAGAACUGGACAAAAAAAAAAAACAUCCCCCAGCUUAGCUAUUUUUGUUCCUUUUUAUGGGACCUCAAAAUGGCUUCUGGGCCUUUCUUUGCCUUUUCAGAUCUUACGCCAUGUGAAAAGGUUUCUCUCGUCAAUAUAUUUUUAACUCGGACGUCAAACUCAAGGAGUAAAUGCAAUUUGGAUGAAGACACAUUGCUACAGUAUUUGUCUAUCUGAGCAUACAAAUGGUUAGUUUAGCUGAGCAGCAAGGCUAAAAUCUGCUUACUGUCUGUCCAAAAUUGAAACAAUUUUUUUUUUAAUGAUGCUAUGCUAAAAUGUACUUAUUGUUUUUCCUUUUUUCCUUAAGCUCGCUGUUUGCCCGAAUGUUAUGCCAAGAUUUUCCUCACACGAGGGAAGCAACAAUUUCAAACCACUGUGCUAUGCUAAGCAGCUGUUUUGCUCAACUGUUUAUUUGUGCUAAUGCAAUGCUAUGAAGCAACUUGUGAGCAGAACACAACCCCCCUUCUGCUAAGCUAAACUGUUUUUCGCAUCACAGACAAGUGCUUCUAUCAAUUUUGUCCAAGGACACCCUUGAUAAAGCCAAACUAAUUCCUCGUGCUUGCCCUUUUCCACAUUUUGAUGUGUUGCCGCAUAAAUUGGUUGCUCAAAAUUCUAUGCACAACACCCCGAAAUGACAUGGAAAAUGUUUUUUUUUUCCCUACCAUUUAUUAAAAAUGAAAAUCAAAGCACGUGUAUUUUGAUGGACAAGAAAAUGGAAUACAAUUUAAAAUAAGGCUGUAACAAAAUGUGUGUAAAGUGCUGUGAACUUUUUUUGAUACAAUGCAACAGCUGGGUGUUUUGAUUUGCAACCCUUUUUUUUUUUCUAUUGCAUUUUAGCUGGUACAAAAAGAAUUCUGCUGUUUUUUCAUGAAUGUUUGGCCAGACCAAAUACAAAACGCUGAAGGUGACUCAAGUGUUGUAAAAACCCUGAAUGUUAUGUGAGCCAAAUCGAGCACUUUUUGUUGUCACUUAUUUUGGAACAGAAUGACAAUUAUUUGACGUGGCUUUUUUUUUUUUAUUAGGGGGGGUGUCUCUGAAACCUGUUUUGAAAAGGCCUGUCGUAAUGUUUUACAUUUGGGAGCUGUGGCGCUCUUAUGUGGUUCUAAAUGUUUGUUUUUUGUACAGGCCUUUUUUGUCUUUUGACUGAGGAACUAGUCGAGGCGCAAACGGUGCCUUUUUAAAUCUAGCCUCAGGGGGCCAUCACAAUAAAAAUAUUAUGAUUCGA